UCAGCGACGCUCGAGCGCCCCCCUGCGGCCGGCUCGCGCAUGCUCACCGCGUGCAGCGCUGAGGUCGCACUUCCGCUUCCGGGCGGCGCGGGGAGGAGAGCGGAGGGAUGAGCUGGGCGCGGGGCGGCUGGCGGGCGCGGUGCACCUUGCUCCUGCCCGGCUCCCGGAGGUGGCUGGCGGGGCGGCGUGGCACCGAGGACGCAGCUAGAGAGGAUCCAGAGAGCGAGGGACCCAUCCCCUUCUCUGCCAGCAAGGCCAGCCCGCGGGUGUGGAGCGUCAGCCGGUCUAUGGGGAGUGACCACCAGAGGCCGUGGGUGAAGGUGCUGCCCCUCAGCCUGCUGUGCAGCGGGCUGUUGCUGUGGUGUGCGUUUAGGGAAAGAACGGAGAUUGACGAGCGACUGGAAGUCCUGUUAUCUGGUCAGAUCGUGGACCCGUUAGAUGCGGCACAACAAAGCGAUGCUCCUUCGCAGAUACAGGAGGAGAGAUGAUGAGCGCACCUGUGGUGAAGGAGCUGCCAAAAGUUCAGCUGCUUAAAGGCUGCUCUCACACUUGAUUUGGAAAAUGUUUUUCCAUCCUACCACCAGCCUUAUCUUGCAAACAGGAUUUAUUUAUCUUGCUGCUUUUUGUUUGUCUUUACUUAGCAACUUACAGCGAUAGCAGAAGGAAUAUUCCCUUUCUGCAUUGCGUGGCAGGGAUGGACAGGAUGUAUUGCAAACCUGCGUGUAUUUGUAGAUAUGUUGUGUUCAACUCGGUUUUUCCCAUGGAUGUUUUUUUUUUCUUGGUUGCACAGGAUAUUAAAAUACCGAAGCUGUAUGUCUGCAGUUUGGUUGCUGAAGGUGACCUUCAGCUGGCACUGUGCUAUUGUGGAGUGCAUUCACA